AUGAAAUCUCUAGGAGUUUGUCCACCUGUCAAGAACCCCACUGCCAGUUUAGACCUUCUUAAUCUGUACAUGGUAAAUCAGAUAGCUUCCAAGAAGAAAACACUUGAAACCAUGAAAAGACCAACACAUGUGAAUAUGAAUAGAGACUUGAAAAUUCCACUAAGAAAGCAUGUGUUCGAACUUCCAAUGUCACCUCAUUGUGUACCUUCCAAACUGUGCAUCGAUGACAUGGGGACUAAAACUUUGUGCUAUGAAUUUGCCUUCAUUGUGUGUCCUUUCAGUAAUGGAGAUUUUUCUGAUUCCUUAUUUUACAAAGUAAAUAAACACCAAGAUAUUUUCAGUUCAUCUCAGAAAACAGCAGAGUUUGGAGAAUCCUCUGAGAGAAUAAACAGUCCAGAAACUGGUGCUUUCCUUACUAAAAGAUCUGUGAUCAUGGGUGAAGAUUGUGGAAGCAUGUGUGAACGAAGACAACCAGACUUUCCUAUGGAAAAAACAGCGAUGCAACAGAUUUGGAGGAAUGAUGGGAAAGCAUUCUCUAAUUUUUUAGAACAUGUGAUCCCGCCAACUCCGAGACAUCCAUCAUCCAAUCACAACAUGGACUCCUUUGCUAGUCCCAAUAUGAUCAAUUUACUAAGCAGAGAUCAGCCGGGGAGAAUGUCAGCCUUUCACAAGUGUGGCUCUGGUAGUUUGAAUGACUCCUGUGUAGUUUUUUCUGAUGAAAGCCAUUACACUGGUAGGUUCAUUAACAGGGAUUUGACAGUUCCUCAGACAGCUUUUCAUAGUCCUCCACUUAGUACAAGUUACUUAGGAACAUGUCAAUCAAUGAAGCCCUAUCAGAAGGAGUACAGCGAUAGUGAAAUAAAUGAAUUUAGAAGCUCUUUUGAGAAAGAUUGUCACCUAACCAGCUGUGGAAGAAAAGAUCUGGAGUCUUCGCAGAGCAGCCAGUCCGCCAGCUACUCUCCACGACUGAUGGAGAGUACAUUCAGCUCGAGUUCUGAUUUGGUAUCUGAAGACGAAGAUCAAAUUCAGCCCCAAACUAAAGAUUCACAUGAGGAAGACACAGGAACAGCUGAUGAUUUUUGUCAAGAACAGGCGGUAGAUCAUUUAGGUGACGUAAUUGUGGAAGACAAUGCCAAAAUUCGUAAUUUUCACAAGUCUUCAGUGAAAAAUAAUACUGAUACAUUUCCAGAGUCUCAGUGCAAUUCAGAACAUAGCUCACAAAACAAAAUCAGUAAUAACUGUGUGCUUCGGGCUGGAAGAUGUGAUGUAGGGGUACAGACAGAAAAAGAGCUGGCUAUAGGGGAAACAGCUGAUGUUGCCAUACAGUGUACCAUAAUCUCCCAAUGUUCAUGUAAAAGAGAUACCUUUCCUUCAUAAGACUGGCAGCUGCAGUGAAGAUAUC